UGAUCCACGACACAUGUUGUUGUGUUGACUCCCACCUCACUUUCUCUCUCUAAUUCAUUUUCUCCCUCUAUAUCUAUAUCUCUCUCCUCCACACAUCUACAUUUCUCUCCCUAGACUAGAGAGAGAAAAAAAAAGAAACAAUUCAAUCGAAAACCGACCAGCCGACUAAAAAACCCUAGAAUUCUUGAACUCCACCUCCAAUUAACCAAACCCUAACCUAAUUUUUCUUUCUCGGAUCAUGUAAAUUUCGUUCUCUGUAUUAGGUUUUGAUUCUCAGUUCUGCUUGGUUCGGUUUCUAGACCCGAGAAAGCGAUCAUGACGCGACGUUGCUCGCAUUGCAGUCACAAUGGCCACAAUUCUCGGACCUGUCCGAAUCGAGGAGUCAAGCUAUUUGGGGUCCGAUUGACCGAUGGUUUGAUCCGGAAGAGUGCCAGUAUGGGUAACUUGACCCACUACACCGGAUCUGGUAGCAAUACCCCUCAGAACGGCGUCGGCGGCGGCAAUCACGACUCUCCGGCGGACACUCCCGAUCACGCCGCCGAUGGUUAUGCGUCGGAGGAUUUUGUUACCGGGUCGUCGUCCAGCCGGGAAAGAAAGAAAGCAGGUGUUCCGUGGACCGAAGAGGAACACAGGAUGUUCUUACUUGGCUUGCAAAAGCUUGGCAAAGGUGAUUGGCGAGGAAUAGCACGUAAUUAUGUGAUGACAAGAACCCCCACUCAGGUGGCCAGUCAUGCCCAGAAAUAUUUUAUCAGGCAAAGCAAUGUUUCUAGGAGAAAGAGACGGUCCAGCCUGUUUGACAUUGUAGCAGAUGAAUCAGUCGACACCCCAAUGGCAUCACAAGAUUUCUUUGCCAACCCUCAACAAGGUGAGACACAAAGCAACGACAUGUUGUCUGCUCCUCCUGCUUUGGAUGAAGAAUGUGAAUCAAUGGAUUCAGCCAACUCAAAUGAUGGUGAACCUGUCCUUCCAAAGCCAGAUAGCUCGCAAUUGCAUUACCCAGUUGUAUUUCCUGCUUAUGUUCCUCCAUUCUUCCCAUAUUCUUUUCCAUUUUGGCCGGGGUACAGUACAGAGCCAGCUAAAACAGAGACUCAUGAAGUGCUUAAGCCAACAGCAGUACAUUCAAAGAGCCCAAUCAAUGUUGAUGAGCUGGUUGGCAUGUCGAAACUAACCUUGGGGGAAUCACUUGGCGAUGCAGGAUCGUCCAAUCUCUCGCUGAAAUUGCUUGAAGGCUCCACUCGGCAGUCAGCUUUCCAUGCUAAUCCUGCCUCUGGAAGUUCAGGCAUGAACUCGGGCAGCAACGCGAUCCAUGCAGUCUAGAAGUUAAAGAGAGUACUACAUCAAAUUGUAGGUUAGCUCAGAUUUUGGUGGGCGCUGGACAAAUUUAUGUUAAUACAAGACGCAAUAAUGUGCAGUCUGGUCUCAGUUAUAGGUUUUUUUGGUUGAAUCAGCUUAAUAUGUUUGGUUCUUAGGAAUCCUCAGCUUAAUGCCAGUUCUUGUAGACUCUGGCAACUUCUGUCAGAAAUUAUUUGAACCUUUUAAAAAUUUGAGUUAAUUUAUUAUGUAUUUUUUUUUUUAAUUAUUAAGAAUCAUGCUCUGUUGUGCUGUUAUAAUUUCUAAAUCAGAAGUUAUGAAAUUCAACAUAAGAUUUCUUA